AUAUAAAAUUGGUAAAGAACGUAGUAUUUCGCAUACAUAUAAUAUCGACUAACUCUAGAAUCUCUAAUCUUUAUUCAAGUUCUAUUUCUGUACUCUUAUUAUAAAAACAUAAAUUUGCAUAAACAUUGCCAGUGCGGUAAAUAAUCAUUCACUGAAAAAAUAGUUACAUGACUCGACAAAUUAUUCUUAAGUAACGACGAGCAAUAAUUUUACGGUAACGCUGAUACGAAUUCGUUUCUUCGUUUUUAAAGUGAAAUAUUUCGUAUCCUAGAAAUUUUUACCUUGAAAAUAUAGAUUUAUGGCUGAAAUUAAGAUUCAUGUUACAAAAAGUAAGUCUGAAAUAAUUAAUUAUUGCUGAAUGAUUUUAUGAAGUUCGCCGGAUCAAAGUAAAAGUCUCAAUAAGCAGUUACACGAACCGGUCGCGGUUAUCCUGCAAGCUGUAUUGCGUCUCAACGGUGUUUCACCUAGAAAUGAGUCAUUCCGGCUACUAGUUAGACUCGUUCGAUGUCUUCUUAAAGCGUUGAUUCAUCUGUCAUUUUUUAUAGAAUCAAAACAUAAAAUUAUAAAGAACAAUUGAGACGGUGAUAUUUUUACAAAAAUAUUCCUAAAGAAAAGACAGUUGAAUAUAUUUUUAGCCAUCGCUUAUACGUACUUGCUUUUUUCAAACAUAAUUAACGUAGUUCGAGUAUAUUUUUACACACAUCUGUGGUAAGGCGAAAGACGGGUCCGCAAGAUGUCUGAGUAUUGCGAGUACUUGUGGGACACCACAAGAGGUCACAUGAGCUCCGCACUUGCACGGAGUAUUUAUGAGGAGGAGGCCAGAUUCGACAAAUGCGACAAGAAACUGGCCAUUAAGACCGUCCGAGCAAUAUUGCGUGAAAUGCCGGAUGUAGACUUGAAGCACUGCACGGAUGAAUAUAUUACACGUUUCCUGCUAGCCCGGAAAUAUCGCACGGAACAAGCUGCUGCCCUGAUAGUCGCUUAUCAGGCGCAAGUAGCGCAUCGACAGGAUAUCUUCGGCAAUCUAACCGCAAGAGAUCCAGCCUUGCAGCGGGCGCUGCGCGCUGGAAUACCCGGUGUACUUCCUGCACGUGAUAGAAAAGGGAGAUGCGUACUCGUUAUUUUAGCCUCGCAAUGGGACCCUAUUGCAGUACCAGCAUUAUCAGUUCAACGCGCACUCUUUUUGGUUUUAGAAAUUCUCAUACAAGAUCCAAGGAAUCAGCAAUCCGGUUUCGUGGCGGUGGUAGAUUGGAGCGGAUUCUCUUUACGACAGGGCGGUGCCUUGGGCGCAGCGGCACUGCGAAACCUAAUAGCUGCUCUUCGAGGACGAUUUCCGGCUAGAUUCAAAGCUAUACACUUCCUGUCGGCGCCGCUUUACGUUCAGGCCACAUUGGCCCUUGUGAAACCUUUUUUGGACGAGAAAACUCGGAACAAGAUCUACUUACAUGGAAAUAAUUUGAGCACCCUGCAUGAACACCUGCCCACUGACAUUUUGCCAGCGGAAUUAGGUGGCACAGGGCCAGCAUUUAACCCAGGACUAUGGGCCGAACCAGUUAUUCAUUCAGCGAUGAAAGAAGCUGAACUGGCUGCGAUAAAAAAAGAGAAGGAGCAAGCUGAGAACGUAGAUCAGUCUCGGGACAAGAAAUUCGAGUCUAGAGACACGGAGAAUCAUAAAAGAAACGAAGCAGACUCUAUAAAAUCGAACAAUGGUGUGAAUAAAGAGAACGGAAGGCGAUUCUUCAAUCCUUUCGGUAAUUCUACGAAGAAUCAGUCGCCGAAGAAACCUGGAGGAACAAAUGUAGAACUGAAUCUAAUUAAUCGUACUAAUGGAUAUGCAGAAAGAAAAGAAGGUAGGAGAGAUAGUAGAACGAUAAAGGAAAACGAGGAUUCUUGCAGUAGAAGUAGAGAUAGAAUGUUAAGCAAUGGUAGCGCUGAUUACUUUGACGACAAAAGAGAACAAUACAAAGAUGUGCAGGAUAACUUGUUAGGAUCUCGAUCUGAAAGACGCUCGAAUGAAUAUGAGAUCUCAAAUAGACCAGAUAGCGAUGAUAGUAAGGAUAAUUCGUUAGAUAACAGAUCAGAGAAUGCACUAAUUGAUACAAGUAAAAUUGAAACUGCCUCCGAAGAAACGAAUCUCAUAACGUAAUGUUAAUUUUCUCGACUUCUUAGGUUAAAACAAAUUAACGCAGUAGUACUUCCAUGAGAAGUGUUGACUUUCAAUUUUAAAUAUAAUGAAAUCAAAUACUGUCGCUAGGUUUAAGAUCGGUAAAAUGUAGUAAGUUCCGUGAAAUUUGUAUUCUCUGUAGGUUUUAAAAGAUAUAUUGUGAUACGAUAUACAUCAUUUCUAAUAAGUAUUUAUACAUUAAUGAGGCUUUUAUUCUUUAUACAUAUAUACGAUUCUGUUUCAACUAGAUCAAUGUUAUUUAAACAUUGAACUUCUUAUCCUUUUUUAUCUUAUUUUAUUUUGAAUACCUUUUAUCAUGAAAGGAAUGAAUUCGUUUCCAUACGAAUUUUCAUUAUUUCAUAGACAUAUUUACAUAUUGCUACUACUAUUGUUCGUGACAAAAGUAAAAUGAACAUUGCGCGAACAUUCUCUAUGUUCCUCUUUCAAUCGUAUGUGAAAAACAUAUUCACAUAUAGUGUUAUAACUUUCAAUGAGUACUUACAUUGUGAACUUAAUAUUAUGAUAUUUAUCAAUUUUUAUAGGCUAUUUAUCGCUGUCCACAAAAACACGAGCAUAGUUAACAAAAAUCUUUGCAUGUGUAUGAAAUUCAUACAAUUAUCAGUCACAUUUUUUUAAAGAGUUUAUACGGCAAGCAAUUCGUAUUAGGAUUGUAAAUAUGUAUUAAAUUAUUUAUUGAUAUCAAAUGUAUCAUGAAAUCGAAGAUCUCUCAUUUCGUAUGACAUUCCCGAGAAGUGCGAAUCCUGUACUUACAUAUUCUUAGGAUUAUAAGUGUGAUAAAAAUUGCGUCGUAGGUAGUUUUUUAGUUCUCCUAACUGUAUUUUUUAAUAAAACAGUAUUUUAAUA